CUCUGCAUGGCGCCUGUGUUUGAUUUUUCCAAAGCUUCAAAAUAAAGGAGAGUCAUUUCUAACACUUAUAAGCGGUACUGAGUAAACAUGGGGCGCCGCUCUUCAGACAGCGAGGACGACGGCUGCGGCCGACGGAAAAAGAAACACAGGCGGCGCUCCUCGUCGUCGUCCUCAUCCUCCAGCUCUUCGGGGAGCAGGGUGACCGGUCGCAGCAAACACUCCGGCAGAAAAAGCUCGCGGUCCAGAGAGAGAGACCGGGAGAGGAGGCGCAGGCGACGCUCCAGCAGCAGCUCCUCCAGAGGUUCCAGCCACAGGAGGCGGAGCCGCAGCACGGACAGGGGGUCACGGAGCCGCAGGGCCCGGCGCUCUCGCUCCCGCAGUCGCAGGAGGUCUCAUUCUCGUCACCGCCGAUCCCGCAGUCGCAGCAGCGGCAGAUCCAGCAGGAGACGCAGCCGGAGCCGAGAUCGGGAUCGGAGCCAACGUAAGACCAGAGACAAAGACAGAGACCGAGAGAGAGACAAAGGACGGAAUAAAGACCGCGACAAGGAGUCCAAAACCAAAGAGAAGACAAAACAAAGGGAUGCCGGGAACAUCAAAGCCGGAUUGGAACAUCUGACGCCAGCCGAACAGGCUAAAGCUCGACUCCAGCUCGUACUGCAGGCCGCAGCUAAAACUGACGAGGCACUAAAAGCUCAGGAAAGGAAAGCAGACGAGGAGAAGCAGAUAAAAGAAGAAGAGCUCUCUCUCGCCGAGCAGGUGAGGAGGAUAAAGGACAUCGAGGCCAUCGAGAGCGACUCCUUUGUUCCCCAGGCUUUCAAAUCAUCCCGGGACGCCGGCAAGGUAACCGAACCUGCGAUCAAGAAUGAGGCCGAGUCUGCUGACGUGCCCACUGUGAAAGACGAGGUCAUGUCUCUGCCCACUGCCAUCAAAUACAGCGAGAGCGGCACACUCGCUCACCCCAGCUUAUUCAUGGACAAAGAGAAGGCGGAGAAGUUGUGGAAGAGUCGAUUAAUGUCACUGCGCCAGGAGAGGCUCAUGGGAAAUCCUGUGGCCUGAUCACAAGUUCUUGUUUCUUGUUUCCUAAACUGUUUUUCUGGUUUUUUCCUUUAUGAAUCUCAUUAUGUGGUUAUUGAUGGAGGUAGUUUGAUUUAGUUGAGUAAGCUGAUAAAUAACAGUGUUCCUAAUUUUAAAAUGUCUCUAAACUGGUCAUUUUAAACCAUUAAAAUAAACUUUGUUGAAUAAUAAA